GGGUUAAAGCGGGCUCGCAGUUGACGCGCAGCUGCCGGAAUCCAUUGGGCUGGUUGGCUCGGCUCCAGUCUGGGCUGGGGCGCGGACAGGGAAGGGUUAAAGGGGCGAGGAGGCGUCUCCAGCCUGCCCCAGGGGGUUGGCGGUUGCAGCUGACUCCUCCUGGCCCGAAGAACUGAAAGCAGCCGAGCAAGCCAGUAGCCACAUCGACUGAAUCUCGCCAAGGGAAGGAGCCUGUUACGCGUCGCUCGGUCCCAGCUGCAGAUCCUGGAAGUGAAGGAAGAUGGGGUCCGACUGUUUGAAAGUCACCAAGUAUUUCCUCUUCCUUUUCAAUCUCCUCUUUUUUAUCCUGGGUGCUGUGAUCCUGGGCUUUGGAGUGUGGAUCUUAGUCGACAGAAGCAGUUUCAUUUCAGUUCUGCAGACGUCAUCUGAAUCACUAAAGGUCGGUGCAUACAUCCUCAUUGGAGUUGGGGCCGUCACCAUGCUGAUGGGGUUCCUGGGCUGUGUUGGAGCGGUCAAUGAGGUCCGAUGCCUCUUGGGUCUGUACAUCACCUGUCUGCUGCUGAUCCUCCUAGCUCAGGUUGCUGCUGGCCUGCUCAUCUAUUUCCAGCGAGAUGCACUGAAAGCAGAAGUGUCCAUCGUGGUCCGUGACCUCAUUCGGGAUUAUGACCCUGUUAAUCAAGGCAAAAAGAGCAUCCAGGAUGCAUGGGACUAUGUGCAGGAACAGCUCACUUGCUGUGGCUGGACUGGGCCACAGAACUGGACGGAAAAUGAGAUCCUCCUGAACAAAAGCCUGACUUCCUACCCCUGCUCCUGCUCCAAUGGCUCAGUUGAUCUCCAGCCUAAGAGUGGCUUCUGUGACAUCGCUACUAAUAAGACUCUGUCAGUUGCCGACUGGCCUGUUUAUACAAAGGGCUGCAUGAGUAAUGUGCAGAACUGGUUACAGGACAACCUUGGCAUCAUCCUUGGAGUGUGCACAGGUGUUGCUGUCAUUGAGCUGUUGGGGAUGGUGCUGGCCAUUUCGCUCUGCAAGAACAUACACAGAGAAGAAUACAGCAAAGUACCCAAGUAAUGAGUCUUCUGAUCCUGGAGCUGCCCCACCACAGAGGCGCAAACAGAACAUUCCUCUUGCCCUCAUCCCCCUCUGACUGUCCCAUCACACUGACCAUUACUCCAGUGAGAUCCCAUUUCUCUCAACACCGAGGAACUGUAAUGGCAUAAUACAACAUGAAUCUUCUGGUGAUCAGGGCCCUGGGCAGCCCCUCUCCUGUCUCUGGAUAGUUCCUACUCUGUGAAGCGGGCCACUUAUCUAUCUUGCAUCAUAUGAUCUGAUCAACCUGGGAGGGCACGAAGUUUUCACUGCUAACUUGGUGUUUAACAGGCUCCUUCCCUUCCAGUCCGUCAGGCCUACAAUAGAAUAAUCCUCCUCCCCACGCCACCUCUCUUCACCACGUGAGCUGGGAAUCCAAUGAACCAGCAUGAAGACUGAGGGCUUGGCCUACUGGUGAUGGGUCACCCUUUGGAGUACAUUGUGGGUGAAAGAAUGCUUCCCUUCCAAUUAGCCUCACGUUGUCUUCUCCCUGCCCUUACCCCCAUCCAACUCGGACUGAAUCCAGAACAUUCUGUGCUCAGACAGAUGUCCCUGGAUCCCCAAAAUCAUUCCUUCCAUUUCUGGAGUAAACCGAACACUGCCUUCCAUGUAGCUCCCUUCCCCUUCUCAUUAGAUUAGAAGCCUCCUGGAAGGAGCCAAGCCCACU